AUGGCUGAGCUGGAUCAACACCGCCCGACUACGUCGACAUUCCAUCGGCCUACGAUGGAGGAGUCGGUGGUGAAGCUGAAGAGGUUGCAACGCUUCACGAGACAAUUCUCCAUUUUUGUGCAUUGUGAGGAAGAGGUUGGUUGGUUUGUGUUCAUUUUCUCGCCACAAUGGGGCCUCUUGAGCGCGAUGCUCGUUUGGAAUCGCAAAUUAGAAGCCCGGAUUUCGAUUGUCUCUUUUUCGCGUGUCAUUGUUUCUCAUGCUCUCAAUGUAGCAACUCCCAAAUGCUGUCAAGACAACGUUCAGCCGUUUAUGAUCACUGGUCAUCGGUUUCAAUAGUAUGAAUGCAGUUAUCUUAAUUGAGAGUACUGAGCAGAACAAGCAUGAAAUUGGAGCUAAACGAUUUUGAGUUUGUUCCAUGUGACUGGUCUCCUACUUUUUGUUGACUCGUUUCGCAACUUCAACUCGACCCACAACCACCGAACUACCCACACACUUUUACUUUUCCACUCUCAUUACUUUGCCCCUUAUUUUUGCAGAAGCUUUCCAAAAUUCCGUCCGAAAAACCGACCAAAGAUGAGAACAAGGACGACGGUCUGUUCAAGUAUCCCGGAAACUUGCGGGCCAUCAAACGAAAGAGACACGUACCCAAACAGUGAGUCAUUUGAAAGAUGCCAAGGGUUUUUCCAAUUUAUCAAGUUCAGACCCGUCAAGAGUAUCAGUGUCAAGCGGAAGAUGAUGGAGCAUCAGAAAUCAAUCCGCGAAGAGCCGGAGGGACCACCAACUGAGUCAGAGAUCAAAGAGGAAAUGGAUCAGAAAGUGAAAACAACUGAUGUGGAGGAGGAGAAGGGGGAAGAGGAAAAGCUUGAGAGAUCGGAAUGAGAUGUCCGCUUUGUGAAUUUCUGUAUAUGUACCUGUCCCGAUGAUUCAGAAAAAUGGGAAACUGACAAAAGUAUAAAAUCGUAGUGUACCCACAUGAUAUUUAUUGCAACGUAACCUGCAUCUAUGAAUAAAUUCAUUAUUUUGUAUGACACAUCGAAAGUUGACCACAAGGACCCAUUGAACGUGUAAUUUAUCAGUUGGCUCGAGUGACUCAACUCGCUUUCCUGACGGGAUCUCCUAUUGCACUGCGGGAACAUUGUAACUCAAACCACAAUCAUAAAAAGAUGCACAUUGUGAUUCAUCUGGUUUGCAUCCAUUUCAUUCAGCAUUGGCUAAUAAAAGCAGUGUGUGAGAGUGGAGGAGAAAACUUUUCAGGUGCCUCUGGUGGGCGCCCACCACUUCCAUCAAUCAUUUCCAACAUUUUGUUGUGUACCAACUUACAAAGCUUUCUGAAACAUGUGUUAUUAGUCACUCUUUUUACUCAUCUUUGUUUGAUUUAUUCUAUCAUUAUCACUUUAAUAUCCAUUAGGCGCCCCUGCUUGUUUCCUCUCCAAACAAACAUUGUUUUUCACCCAAAACAUAGUUAUAUCCGCAGCAAUUAUUGGGUUUAUCCAGAAUUCCUUCACAUUUUUUCUAGAAACAGCAUGUGUUGCCCGAGCAGAAAUUGCUUCCUGGAACCUAACCUUGGGUCGUGGAAUGUGAUCGAAUGCAAUCUUUUAUUUAUGUGCUGCCUCGAGAAUUAAGUAAGUGAGUAGGUGAUUGGUGUGCUUAAGACUCUCUAAUGAGUCUACGAAUGAACUGCUCAUCAACAAAUUGUUGCAGAAUGCGUUCAUUGCCGUCAAGUUCAGGAAGCAACACACUCUUUAUAAUUAUUUUACCAGAUUCCAAAAAAAGUUUCGUUAACAGCAGGUGUAGUCAAGCUGUGCGCAUAUUUGUCCAAAUGCUGAUUUGUCGUUCGUUUUUGGACGGUCGAGUGAGCAUAUAAUGAGACUUUCGAUUUCUGCAGGCUUCAUUACCCAUUUGCAAACAGAAACAGAGUCUUAGAAUCAGACGAAACUCUUUGCAAAUCCUUCAGACCUAUGAUCUGAAACGUCAGCCCUUCUCACGCUCGAACCGACUGAGCUAUGGCGGCUGUUAAACUUUUGCGCUCGUAUUCCAUUGAUAAUGUCGGUGACUGACUGGAAUUCAUGAUUACUUCAAAUUUUUAAAGUGUAUCCUCGCGAGAUGAUUUGAAUUGCGCGCAAAUCCGAAGAGCUUCGGUUUGUGUCUAGACAGGGAUAUCGAGUUACACAACACCCCAAUAAAACUUGCCUGUAACACCUGCUUACCAAAUUUGAUAAAUGUCUUCUGACCGUCUGUCUGAGGACUGACAAAUAUCCGAGUUGAUUUGUUAUGUCUGUAGAGGGAUGUCAAACCUAGUUGCAACCGGCCUUUCUUUUCCAAAACCGCUUCUUUGUGGCUAACUAGAUUCGGAAAAGAGCGAUUCGUGCUUCCUAAAUAAGAAAUGUUUCAGAAAGGUCCAAUUCUGGAUGAAAAUCUUAACAUUUGACUUUUGUGGGUUUUUUGAAACAUUUUCCUAUAAUUUGUCAUCGCCGGGGUAGACCGACUCGUUGGCCCGGAUUUUGAGACGUGCGCAUUCGUUCCGCUACAUAGCGAUAGAACCUUUUCCCUAGGGUAUGUACUAAGAAAAGAUUUAUUUCGAGUUCGAACCUAUUCUGGUUAGAUUGAGAAUGAGCAAACUUCUCCGAAAAGAGAAGAGCCUCUGACCCAAUUCAUUAUUUCAGUUCUAGAAUCCAAAAACAAGGAACUAAUUGAAGUCUUCAGUGAGCACACACACACACAAACAGGUUGUCGGCGUUCUCUCGUUUUAAAGUCAAAACCAUUAGUCUUUGCUCUAUCAAAUAAUGUGUUUGCGCCUCCUUCUCUCGUUCGCGGCUUUUUUGCACGUUGAAAAGCGUCGAGAGUAACGGGAGGAGUGGGUCUCUUCCCGUCGCGCAACACAAUCAUUCUGUUUAUCCUUGAGUACGAGCCAGUCGCAAUCCGCCCUUCACCUCCUCAUAUAACAUACACUCUAUUGUAUCGGUGCAGCUACUGCAGAGAGAGAAAGAAAGAGAGAGAGAGAGCGCGCGUCAUUCCUCGGCCACCCUCGGCUCUCCUCCACCCUCCCCGUCCCUCAACUACGACGGCCACCCAAAACGAUGUCCACUGGUCACUCGGUGCGCCAAGUAUAUCGAUUUGCAUGAAAACACGUCGUCAUUUGUCUGAGUCUCAAGGUACUGUUCGGGUCUCUCUCUCUCUCUCUCUUCCGAAUGUGUGUGUGUAUUUAUGCUAAUUAUACGAAAGGCCGGUGCGCGGCUUGUAUCUCUUUUUUGUUUUCCGUCUAUUCUCUUUUCAAAGUGACUGAUUUCAUUUGAUAGCCUAUCACUUUCUUGUUUUUUCAAGUCUAAUUUCCCUUUGUGUCCAAACUUUCUCCCGUAUUUUUGUCGGUUGCACUUGGCAGCCGGUCAGCUAGUCUCUCUCUCUCUCUCUCUCUCUCUCUCUCUUUCUCUCUCUCUUUCUCACCCAGCGGCAUCGAGACACAUGUUUUAUUUUAUUUAGAUUUAUUGUUCAAACUGCUUGAUUUAACGUCGUUACUAAAAAUUUGAGAACGUAAGCUUUUUGCAUAAUUUCAUCAAAAGCUGAAAGCGUUCAUUGGCUUUUGUUCACUCGUGCCUCUCAUUUCAAGUCGUUGAACGCUUUUCCUUUCUUUCUCUUUUUUCUGUUCUCUGCCAGUUUUAGCUAUCUAGACUUUUGCUUAGUGGAAAAAACAAAGACAAGGCGUGAUUUCUUACUUUUCUCACUCCCACACUGAAUUUUUCAUGAGUUUUUUGUUCUGGGCGGGAGAGAGCGAAUCAAUCAAGAAUCAAGUUCACAAUUCGCAUUUUUACUUGCUCAUCUGUUCUUGAUCUCUCAUCAUUAUCAGCUCAAAAUUCAGCGAGCAGAUCUUUAAUUCAGGUUCAUUCAGAAAUGCAUCUCAUGACGCUAUUCAUCCUUUCUCCACGCAUUCAUUAGUUAUCUGCUCUCCCAUUGGGGCAAGGUCACCUUUUCCGUCCAUGUUAACAUUCGUUCCGAUCGUUGGCCCACAAGAAGUCAUGGGUUAGCCCAAUCUUAUCAUUAACGGAAAGGUAACCGCACACCAUUUGACGUGUCAAACGGUAAUUACUCUGCUCUUUAUUCUCAUCUGGUCGUUGAUUCAUUAGCUCCUUUUUCUCGUUUAGUCUUCUGAUCUGAUCGUGUUCACCACAGUCGGUUUGGGAAUUCACUUCAAUUCAAUCAACGAAAACGGUUUCUGUUUUUGUUUGCCUCUGACUCACAGUUUUUCCCCCAAUAUCUCGUGGUUUUCUUCGAUCUGACUCACUUUCACCGUUACUGAUCACCGCUUCUCCACUAUUUUCCUCUAUUGUCGUUCAGUUUCCGUCGGGAGAAAGAGAGAAAGAAAGAUCACUACCCACAAUGCCCUCCAAAUUGUUCGCAUUUUUCAAUUUUUGCGUGCGCUGAUCUGUUGCCCGUUGUCUGCAGAGGCGUUUAUCUGUCAACUCCUGCCACACAGCCACUUCUUUUCCGCCCAUUUUAUUUCUCAAUUGACCACAUACCGAAUACCCGGCGAGCACCAAACCACGCCCCUGUUUGCACUCGUUCUCUCUAUCGUUCACUUUGUUCCGAUGAUUUCUUGUGCAAUAAUAUGUUUUUUCACUUUCAGUCGUAAAAACUGGCGGGCAGAAGUUGCUCACAGAGCAGCUCCCUGGCGACAGUCGUGGAGAAUCUGCCGCUUUCCUACAACACAGACACGAAAAGUCUGGAUAGGACGCCCUCGUUGGGAUGUCAGGGAACUGAAUCACCUUCAACCGCACAAGGUGAGUUCAUUUUGAUUACCAUCGUAUUUUUCCAAAGUACAAAAGAUUCAAAAACAAAAGAAAAAAGUUUUGCCGCCAGCAGGGGUCGAACCUGCGACCUUGGGCUUAUUAGACCCACGCUCUAACCGACUGAGCUAUGGCGGCUGCUGAACUUUUCCGCUCGCAUUGCAUUGAUGAUGUCGGUGACUUUUUCUCUCUCUCUCUCGUAUUCUAACAAAAUAAAAAGGUCUAACACGCCACAUCGCGCUCUUCAAAAAAAAAAUCGCAUUACCCUGAUUCUUUUUCUCUUGCAGACACUAAAUUCCGCCGAGGUCACAUCCGUCGCAGCUCAUAUGAAUCGGCCCAAAUUCAGCUAAACUUUGCCCGCCGGAUCACGACAGCCAACGGAACACCUGCUUUGGCGCCCUCGGCGGCCAAGUGAGUUCUUGUUUUUAUCUCGUCUUUCGCUUCCUGUCCCACUCCUCUUCUCUCACUAAUAAUGUUUUGGCCUCCCGGUUUUCAGACGCUUUCACUUUGUCUUUCGUGUUUUCAGGCGGGGCUCUAGUGGGAACCCAAAAUAUAAUAAGAGUUGGCCAAGUUAUAAACAGUUGUACAUCCAAGGGGCUAAGAGAAGUGAAUGGAAGUCUUUGAUGUUCGUGCCGUUCAGAUAUAAUUCCGAGGGCAAAUGUAAACAAUGGGAGUUCCCGACUUUCCCCCCGACGUCUUGUGAGACUCAAGUACUAUCACGUUUUUCGGUUCGGCACAACUCACUUCUUGUGAUAUGUUCAGAAAUUCGAAUACGAACAAGCCGAUGAUAAUCUAGUACAAAUCUGGUGUUUUCGGCGCGGGCUAGUGAAAAACACAUUUGUACGAAUGGAUGUGCUUCGUUCUUCUCCCAUUAACAUGGGAAGAUACGAGAACAUGACUAGCAUCUUUCUCUUCACAUCCAAAACAAAUUAAUUCCCAUUUAUACAAGGACCUACGGAAAUAAAAAACGAGAAACACUGUUUCCAAAAGAUCAUUUUACGGCUUGGCUACCUUCUUUAUUGACACAUUUUUUUCGGAAACAAACACACACUUGUCGAAAAUCUUGGCUAACUUGCGCACUCGUUUCCUCUCCCCGCCUACAUCAGUUCCUCUUUUUCAACUGUUGUUAUUGUUAUGAGUUCGAGUCGACGGAACUAAGUUAUCAGCGCGACGUACGAGAGGAACGAAAGAAUAGAAGCGGAGAAAAGGCAAGAAACCAGUUGUGUACGCCGAUUUCGUUUCGAUUGAUUUGCCCUUCGAAAGAACGAAUGAAAUGCGCGCAUAGUCUCCCCAAUGCCGUAAAUCGAACAAAAACUCUCUCUCUCUCUCUCUCUCUGUCUAAUUUUUGCUUCCCUCAUUUCAUCGACUUUUAGUUACACGCUAAGAACAACUUUAUUCCAGUUCCUUCCUUGUUUCCGUGGGCGUCAGUGUCACUGCAGACGAUUGAUAUUUCCCAGAAUGCGCGCCUCGCCGGACUCUGCUAACCAAAUCUUUGCAUUUCUUAUUUUUCAGAUGCCUCGAUGAACCGCUGUGCUCUCUGAAUCUCAGCGCGCGUGCAGAUUGCUCAUCGAGUUCCAGUGAACAAGAUCAGUACGACUCAGGCAUUGGACUGACGGGUGAGUCAGAUUUAUAUUUUCACAACAACGAAAUGUUGUCUGUCCCGUCGUUUCUUGUCGCUUGUUCUGGGACACCAGUGUCAUUCUAUUUCUGCCGCUUCUCCAUGGAAUCGUAUUCAGAAAGCGACUCGAAAAGAUCGUCUCUGGACCGCCGAAGCGAAUUGUCCGACUUUGACGAGCCACCGCCGAAACCGGAAACUUCGUCCAAGUCGCGAUUCUUCAAUUUCCCCAAGUAAGUUUGAGCGUUAUCAAAGUGCGCCAUCUGUUGCGCAUUGACCCACUAUAGAAAGCGACAUUUCAGGAAUUUCUUUUCGCGGAACAAGGAAGAGAAGCACGGGUGGAAAAUGUUUGGAGGUCGCAGCAAACCGUCCGGGGUUAUGGCCACCACCGGCUUGAUUCUCGAGGAAAGGCCCAGUGGGUUACCUUCAAAGUCCGCCGAUGAGGCAGCACAUCACAAGCAGAUGUAUUUGGACAUUCUAGAACAGGUAGCAAUGCUCUACCUCGAACUUUCAUUAAAUAAUCUCAAUCAGGCCAAGAAAAAAGAGCAGAAAGCGGAAAAGGAAAGAGUCCAGGCAAAAGCAGAGCAAAAACGUCUCGAAGAACAAGCAGCUGCUCAUUGCCGUGUCUGGAUCGAACAGAUCUUGCCUAAGUGGGACGAAAUGUGAGUGCAAAAACGCAAAAAAGUUCGGUGCCUCAUGCUGGAAUCGAACCAGCGACCUUCUGUUUACUAGACAGACGCUCUGCCACUGAGCCAAUGAGGCGCAUGAAAGCGGAGGGGCGCCGGCGGUAGACAAGGCCGCCGGCGGGGGAGAAAGAGAUGCGAGCGCGCCGCGGAAAACGAAACGGCCAGAGUGUAUUCAUUUUUCUCAUUGCAGGAAGGAUUCGAAGAGAUGCCGCGAAUUGUGGUGGCAAGGAGUGCCAGCGAAAGUCCGCGGAGAGCUGUGGUCCCUGGUGAUUGGCAAUCAGAUUGAGAUAACAAAAGGUGAGAUAAAUUAUGCAGGAUUCAAUUACGAAAUGAAAUUGUGUAAAGUUUAUGAAAGCGAGCAAAAGUCGAGUAAUUCAUCAUUAUAUGACAACCUUUGCAGAGCUCUAUGAUGGAUUGAUGGAACAGGCAGAGGAGAAAAUUGCGAAACAGCUUGCGGAACAACACAAAGUGAGAAUAUUGUGAAAUGCAUAGACACAUAAAGAAAGAGGGUUUGCAGAACUCGACGGAGCACAAGGAGACGUCGGUGACCCAAAUUCAUCUGGAUGCGACAAGAACUUUCACGUCGUUGGGGAUGUUCCAGAAAGAUGGACCAUAUUAUGAUCACUUGUUGAGACUGCUUAGUGAGAGACCCAGUACUCAUUCCACAUGCAUGGAUGUUUUCUUUCAGGCGCUUAUGCAAUCCUCCGUCCGGAUGUUGGGUACGUCCAGUCGAUGACUUUCAUUGCUGCCGUUCUGCUUAUUCAAAUGGAGCCCUACCCUGCGUUCAUUUCGUUCGCCAACCUUCUCGAGAGACCACUUCAAUCUGCGUUCUUCGGCCUAAAGCAACCGCAAAUGACCGAGUACUUCAUCGCGUACGACAGAUACCUCGAGCAGGAGUUGCCGGCGCUUCAUCAUCAUUUGGACAAGUUGGAUGUCCGGCCAGAUUUGUACCUUAUCGAAUGGUUAGAUCCUCCCAAAUAUCUGAAUCUAGUGUUUAACUGAGCUGUUUUCAGGAUCUUCGCUAUGUACGCCAAGUCGCUUCCGUUGGACGUCACGUGUCGUAUCUGGGAUGUCUAUUUCCGAGAUGGGGAGGAGUUUCUGUUCAAAGCGGCGCUUGGAAUAUUGAGAAUGUACGAGCCAAAGCUGCUCACAAUGGAUUUCGACGACUCGGUGGAGUUUCUGACACGUCUUCCGGACACGCUCACGGGCUCCGAGCUCUUCCGCAACAUUGAACAGUUCAUGAGACCGUACAACGGAGAAUCAUCAAGGUCCAAGAAGCGCUUCUCGCAGAUCUUCCUGGAAAUCGACGAGCGCGUGAACCCCGGAGGAACAACCGCAAGGACUCAGAUCACUCACAACGUGCAAGAGCUCAAAAUGAGCAAGAGUUUGAGCGGAUUCAUCAAGGACCUGUUGUCCUCUCCUGCUCACUAG